UUUCUUCUCUUCUCUUCUCUUCUCUGGGUUAAUUAACAUGAGAGAUAUAACAGCUUGUUACAGUGAACAUGCCAUUAACAUCUCUGAUUCCUACUGUUCAGGUCCUUCAAACAGACCAUAUGUGUCUCAAAAUUCAACACCUUCAAUCCGAGAAGCAGUUUCAUGUAUCUACAAGGCCAGGAAGAAAUUUCUCAUAAAAAUCACUUGGUGUAGUCUCUCUGGCCAAGGAUUCACCAUUAAUGUAUGUGAAGGAAACCCAUCUUCAAACUCUAAAUUCGGUUCAUAUUCCAGACAGCUAAGAAAGUUAAAAGGUUCGAAGAAGUUUGAAUUUUGCAAUUCAAAGGUUGAUAUCAUUUGGGAUCUUUCCUCAGCAAAGUAUGUUUCAGGGCCUGAACCAAUUAGUGGGUAUUACGUGUCUGUCUUCAUUGAUUCAGAACUCGGUCUUCUCCUUGGUGAUAUGAAAGAUGUUCUUGAACUGAGAAAACUCAAGAAUGGGAUUGAAUACUCUAUCAUUUCUCGCAGUGAACAUUUCUCUGGCAAUGAUGCUGUGUAUACGACUAAGGCUCGGUUCUGUGAUUCUGGAUUGAGCCACGAGAUAACGAUCAGAUGCGUUGGGGAGGAGAAGGGUAGGAGGAAUUCUGUUUUGGAAAUUUGUAUUGAUAAGAAGAAUGUUAUAAAAGUGAAGAGAUUGCAAUGGAAUUUUCGAGGGAAUCAGACUAUCUUUGUGGAUGGGAUUCUUGUGGAUAUGAUGUGGGAUUUACACGAUUGGUUGUUUAGUUCAUCUUCUUCUGGUUCUUCUGCUGUGUUCAUGUUCAAAACGAGGAGUGGAGAUGAUAGCAGGCUGUGGAUGGAAGAAAAUGAUCAGUUUGGAUUCUGUCUGUUGAUUUGUGCAAGUAAGAACCCUGAAUGAUUCUUUUUGUCUCUUUUUUUUUUUCAUGUGAAUUAAUUUAUUAUUAGAUUUGCAUAGGAUCUCUGGAAUUCCAGAAAUGGAGGAUUUAGGGUUAGUUUGAAUCAGUGGGAAAUGAAAUUUGAACAUUUUAUCUAAAAUUUUAGGAGAUGAGACAUUAAGACUCACACAUGGGAUUCACAUCAAGACAGACAGAUAGAGGAAUUUCUUGUUUUGUUUGCUUUAAUGCAAAUAAUAAAUAAAUUUGAGCAUUUUCUCUUGGCAUGUAGCUAGUGGAUGGUUUGUGGGGACAAAUAAAUAAGGUUGUUACCAUCACAAAAUUAUUGACUAUUUUUUUAACAAUUUUAUGAAAUGGACUUGCUAUGGAAUAGGGUUCCCCUUUAAUUGGUUUAACUUAUUGCUAAGGAAAGAGUCAUGUGGGUUUUUUCUUAUUGCUUCAUUUUUGGAGUAUAAUUUGUUCUUGAUCUGUAAAACAUUAAUGGUUUCACUCU